AUGAAUUUAAAGCGGCUGAAGAAGCCAAACGGCAAGAAACUGAUUGGAUUUGAAAAACAAUUGAUACAACAAAAGCUUGAAGCCGAACUCAAACAAAAGGAGCUCAUUGUGAAAUCCUCCACGGCGGUAAAACUACCGAAACUUACAAUAACCAACUUCAAUGGCACUCCUUUGGAUUGGGUUUGGUUUGAAGGUCAAUUCAAUGCGAUGGUAGAUAGUCAACAAGUACCAGCUGUCACCAAAUUUUCUCACCUAAAGGAACUCGUUGUUCCACGUAUUAGAAGUGCGCUUGACUGUCUGCCAUUUACAGGUGAAGGUUAUGCACGCGCCAUAAAGUAUUUACGCGAGAAAUAUGGUCACCCUAGUUAA